ACAGGGGGGGGGGGAGGUUUGCUCGAAGCCCAGGAAAACCGGCCAACCUGCCCCCGCGCAGCCCUCGAUGGGAUCGGAGAUCUCCGACGAUCUGUCAGUGCGGCAGGGGAAGGGUAUAGUUCGAUCUCCUACUGGUCGUGACAGCUCGCGGGGGUUUACCCUCAUCCGCUCUCCAAAAAUCCAAAUGGGAAAGUGUCGACAUAGGCAGAUGGGAAAGAAGAAGCUGGCGGUUACCCAGGAACCGCCUAUUGAUGAGAUGGCCCGACAGAUCCAGACUGUUCGGCUUGAGCCGAUUCCACAGGAAAAUGGUGGUCAAACUGCUGUGAUCCAGGAGGAAUCUCGCCGCCGCCGACUGAUUCUCGAGGAUGAUUUAGAUGAUGAUAUUCCCGACGGGUUUCCACCAGCUGCCCGGGAUCCGAUGCCGCAACCCAUGCGGCAGCUUUCUUCGAUGCAUGAGGAAGUCUCGUCGGGCUCGGCUGCUUUCACUAGGCCGUUGGUGCCUGGUAAGGAGAAGCUGGGGAAGAGUAAAUUGGGAAGGCCGAAGUCGGUAAAGAAGACAGUGGAGGGAGUUUCUCCUCGCAAGGGGAAUGUGAAAGGCGAGGAGGAGGGAAAAUCCCUGCCAGUGCCUGCGCGGGAUGGACGCAAGCUGAGAAAGGCGAAGGGAGUUUUGGCGGCACCGACCCACGUGUCACUAACCUGUCCAUGUGAUGAGGAGAUAGUAGCUGAUGCUACUAAUGCUAUGGAGACGAUGUGCGAACCGGCCACUGCUGCUGGGGAGAAAGUGGUAGAGAAUGUCAUGGCGGGGAAUGUGUCGGAUGGAUCGUUGUCGGGGGGAGAGUCUCACAACUUUGUGAUAAAAAAGAGGACCCCCCCCCCCCCCCCGGCUGCGUCCAAAGGCCUUUGUCCUCCAUCCAAGGGUCGGGUGAAUCAAAUAGUUGCUGCGUUUGAGGCGGGUAUGGCAGUACUGAUCAGCCAGUGGGGCCAGGUCUCGAGGGGAGUGAAGACAAAGGCGAUGUAGCUGGGGCUGGAUCCAAUGGUAUAACUACGUUGGAGGAUAGCUUGAUUGAUGAAUAUAGGUCUAAUUUGAUC